CCCAAGCCGUGUGGGCCGCGUGUCUGGCUGAUUUCAGCCUUUCCGCAAACUUAUCCUUUCCCCCUGUUCUCUGAGGAGUCCCUAGACUCCCAGGCCCGGCUCUUGCAGUCGGAGCGACCGAGUACGUUGGGAGCCCGAGUACGCUCGGCGUUGGGGCUCUCGGUGAGCCUCGACAUUUGAUUUUGAAGGAGCUUUUAUUGUGCCGGCGAUCCGCCGGGCCCUGGCGAGUGCAGUAGAUCCACGGCUUCCUGGACGUUCGUCGGUAGAGUCGUCUUCGGCUAACCCACAUUCCCUGGUCUUCGUUCAUAGUCACCUAUCACGUAGUUAAGCCUGGCUCCGAAGAUGAUGAUUAAAUCUGAAUCCAGCUUCUCGGUAGCUGGUUUGUGAAGCGUCCUGAAGUAGGGAGCGUGUUGGGUCGUGGAUUUUUUUUUUUUUUUUUUUUUGCGGAUGCCUGUUUUCCUUCGCUUUGUCAUGUCGUUGGAUUUGCUGCCCUGUCUUGUGGGCUCUCAAUGAACAGAUGAAUCGGACAAAGGUUGAUGAGGAAGAGUAUUGGAACAGCUCCAAGUUCAAGGCUUUCACCUUUGACGAUGAAGAUGAUGAACUCUCACAGUUAAAGGAAUCCAAGAGAGCAGUGAAUAGUCUUCGCGACUUCGUGGAUGAUGAGGAUGACGAUGACCUGGAGCGAGUCAGCUGGAGUGGGGAGCCUGUGGGAAGUAUCUCAUGGUCCAUCAAAGAGACUGCUGGCAAUAGCGGGUCAAGCCAGGAGGGGCGUGAACAGCUGAAGAGCCGAAACAGCUUCUCCACUUACGCGCAACUACCCAAACCUUCUUCUGCCUACUCCCUGAGCAGCUUUUUUAGAGGGAGAACUAGACCUGGAAGCUUCCAGUCCCUUUCUGAUGCUCUGUCGGACGUACCUGCCAAAAGCUAUGCUCCAGAGCUGGGCCGACCCAAGGGGGAGUACAGGGAUUACAGCAAUGACUGGAGCCCCAGUGACACAGUGCGACGCCUCCGGAAGGGCAAGGUCUGCUCACUAGAAAGAUUCCGCUCCUUACAGGACAAGCUACAACUCCUAGAGGAAGCAGUAAGCAUGCAUGAUGGAAACGUCAUUACUGCGGUUCUGAUCUUCCUGAAGAGGACCCUGAGCAAAGAGAUCCUGUUCCGAGAGCUGGAGGUGCGACAGGUUGCCCUGAGACAUCUCAUUCACUUCCUUAAGGAGAUAGGGGAUCAAAAGUUGCUUUUGGACCUCUUCAGGUUCCUAGAUAGAACAGAAGAGCUUGCGCUGUCUCAUUAUCGUGAGCACUUGAACAUACAGGACCCUGAGAAACGAAAAGAAUUUCUUAAGACCUGCAUUGGUUUGCCAUUUUCAGCAGAAGAUUCAGCACAUAUUCAAGACCAUUACACCCUCCUGGAACGCCAGAUCAUUAUUGAGGCAAAUGAUCGACAUCUAGAGUCAGCAGGACAGACUGAGAUCUUUCGGAAGCACCCCCGCAAAGCUUCCAUCCUCAACAUGCCGUUAGUGACAACGCUUUUCUACUCGUGCUUCUACCAUUACACGGAGGCUGAGGGGACGUUCAGCAGUCCGGUCAACCUGAAGAAGACGUUUAAGAUCCCAGACAAACAGUAUGUGCUGACAGCCCUAGCAGCUCGCGCCAAGCUUCGAGCCUGGCAUGAUGUCGAUGCCCUCUUUACCACGAAGAACUGGCUGGGCUACACUAAGAAGAGAGCACCCAUUGGCUUCCAUCGGGUUGUGGAAAUUUUGCACAAGAACAGUGCCCCUGUCCAGGUAUUACAAGAGUAUGUUAAUCUGGUGGAAGAUGUGGACACAAAGUUGAACUUAGCCACCAAGUUCAAGUGCCAUGAGGUCGUCAUUGAUACUUGCCGGGACCUGAAGGAUCGUCAGCAGUUGCUAGCAUACAGGAGUAAGGUGGAUAAAGGAUCUGCAGAGGAGGAGAAGAUCGAUGCCAUUCUGAAUAGCUCGCAAAUUCGAUGGAAGAAUUAAGUGGCGUCAGCUGCCCCGAACCUGCCUCAUUUCUUCCUCUCCUGCCUGUGAAAGUAGAGCGUGCUCUUCAUUGGGAGAGUUACGGUACCACACAUCGCUUGGACCCAUCAUCGACAGGCAGUGCCUGCUACUCUUAGGACAGAAACCAGCGCCUGGGCACAGACAGCUUCAGACUGAUCUGUCCAAGGAUCAUCGUCUAAGGGCCAAGAUCUAAAGCUUUGACUCAUGAGGAAGAUUUUCUCCACCUGGUGCUCACAUGAAGGUGGGAGUAAUCUCUAGAUUGGGCCCAUAUUGGGCAGGAUCUCUCUUGGUCUGGAAAAAUGACUGCUCUAGAAAAGAAGUUAUUUAGACUAAGAGGUCAGGUGUCAUAGAGUAGCCACUCCAUUCCUCUCAGCUAAUUAUGACCCUGGACUUGGUGCUGGACAUUGGCAGUUCUGCUCUGAAUGAAGUCAGAGUAGAACCAAGAUGGCUAUCUCCCAAGGGACCUCAGGAAGGGGUGCCAGUAAUAGCCAGGACCUGUUGGAGGUGCCUUCACACCAGACUGCACAGAGUUCUCCACAUAAUGACAGAUUGCCCAGAUGUCGUGUUUCUUCAACCAGUGCCCUCUGCUGCCCCAGUCCAGCCUCUGUCCGAGACUGUGGUUCUCCUCUCACCUGCGCACCGAGAUGGCCUGGUGUGGGAGGGGAGGACAUCCCCGUUCUCUCGGCCUCUACUUCUUCCACCCUAGACCCAUAACCUUUUAUGGAGCUCGGAUUCAGCAGUGCUGGGGUGCUCCUCCCUUAUGCACAAAUCUCAUUAUUUCACUAGGAGCUUCCAGAAGGUUCACCAGGGCAUUUCAGAAGCAUUUCAGAUGGUUACGAUAUUAAGAUGAGGUUUUAGUUUCACAUUUGGUUUUCAACAGGAUAUUCUGUAAUACUAGCCUCCUGCCCUGUGCCAGUAUUAGCCUCUCUUCUCUGUGACUGAACUGGGUUUCCCCGACAUGCCUAGACUCAUAAUAAAGCUUUUUCCUCCUUGGUGCCUUCUCUUUC